AUGUUUUUCCCUGAAUAAGAGUACAAGACAAGUACAAAAGUAUGAAAGUGCAUUCUAUUAUAGAGUGAAGAUGAACUUAAGAAAUUGACGUUGGAAGAGGAUCUGAGUGAAUGUUAGAGGUCGUAUCAGAUAUUGACUAAGGGUCAAUAAUUAUAAAAGAAGGCUGUAAUAUAUAAUGUCAAUAUUCAGAUAUAUUAAAACUUGCAUAGAAUUUUAAAAGAACCAAAUGCAUUUGAGAUUCUAUUCAAAGUCAUCGUGUAUGAUAUAUUCUAUAUUUAAGAGAGGAAAUUUAACAAUAAGAAGAGGAUAAUCAAAUAAUAGCAGCUAAAUCUCUUCAUAAAUUGAUUAAAGAGAAGACACUUUAAGUAACGGAGUUACUAUAAAUAUAUGAUUUGACUACUUAAAUUCUAAAAAUUUGGUCAUUACCUGUUUUGAAUGAAUGGAUACAUACAAUGGAUGCAUUACUUAGAGUUAUCAGUCUUAAUAUAAUUGUUAAUCCAGCAUAAUAAUUGAUACUUCUAUUGACUGAUGCUUCAUAACCAACAAUUUCUCGUUAAAGUGCUGCUAAACUUAUAGGCACUUUAGCAUAAGUAAUUAGUUUUAUAAUGAUUAGCUUUUAGGAAAUGAAAUAAAAGGACCAUUAUUAGAUAGAGCUAGAAAUUUAUGUUCAGAUCAUGAUAAAGAAAUAAGAUUAGUAAUGGCUGAAGAUGUAAUAGUGAAAGUGUGUUAAUCAUUAUCUAGUGAUCUUAUAGAGUGUUAUUUACUUGAAAAGAUAAUGGAAUUGUAUUAUGAUACAGAUAUUAUUGUAAAGAGUUAAGGUAUGAGAUUAUUCUUUACAAUUGCUAAUUAAUUAUCAGUAGAUGAAAUCAAAAAUAGAUGUACUAAAUUAUUUAUAGAUCAAAUAUAAAGUUAAAAUGAAGAAAGUAAAGUUGUAAUGUCUAAGAUGUGUGGUAGAGUUUAUAUGUUGGUAAUUAAAUAUUAUUAAAUAUUAGGUUAAAGAUUAUUUAAAUAUAAAUUAAACAUCUCUAUUUCUCAAUAUUUAUAUUUCAUAUUCCAAAAGCAAGAAUUUAGAUGUGAGAACUAAUUUUAUUUUUAAUUUUCCAGGAAUACUCUCUUUGAGUUUAAAAAAGUUUGAAUUUUUUCAAGAAUAAUAUAUGUUGUGUUGCAAUGAUACUAAUGAAAUUCUUUAGAGAUCUAUUUUAAGUGGUUUACAUGAAGUUGUACUUUUAUCUGAAAAUACAACUAUUCUAAUACAAGUUUUCAUUAACUUUAUGAAAUCAAAAUAUCUAACAGUCUUACAAUUAUUAAUAAUGAGAUUUGCAUAAAUUGUCAAUUCUUUUCAAAAACAAGUAGUUUGUUUAUCUUAUGCGUAGUCAGUAACAACCACUAUUUGGUCAACCAGCCCUUGAAUUACUAAAUAAUCUUAUUAAUAAGAAUCAAUGGGAUCUACAAAUAGAUUUAUUAUCCAAAUUCUCAGAAUGUCAAUAAAUAUUUCCUGAUAUAACUAUAUUUCUAAAUACUAUGAUAACAACCAUAAAUAAAGGAAUCCCUAAAACUAAAUAAUUAUGUUGUUUAAACAUAGCUAAGUAUUUAAGUAAUUAUGGAGAUUUAAGAAAGAGAAAAGAUUGGAUUAUUUAAUUAUUUGAACUUUAUUUUAAAUCAGAUUGCUAUUUUAAUAGAAUUAUAUUCAUUGAUAUAGUUCAAGAAUUCACUUAAUUUAUCUCUAGAAAAUUAUUCAAACAAUAUUAAUUCUAUGAUAUAUUAAUAUUUUCAAAAGAUCCAAUCCUUAAUGUAAGAAUGAGAUUGAUCAAGGUAUUUUUUUUAAUUAGAAUUAGAUUUUGCCAAUAUUAUAUAAAAAGAUUGACUCUGAUGAUGCACAUACUUUGAAUAUGUUCAAUGAUGCUGUACAAGAUUGUAUUCUUAAUGGAUCUCGUUCUUUUCAAUAAAUGAUUCUACAAACUAAAGAAGAAUUACUUAAACCAAAUGAUGAAAUAUAUUUAAAUCAAAAAGAUUAAGAAAUGUUAGAUAAUGAAGAAUAAAUAUUUAAAAAUGAUUAAAAAUAGCGAUAAUUAUUAUUAGAUUAAGAGAGAGAUGAUUUAGAAAUCAAUAAAAUAGAUUUAAAUGAUUAUUUGACCAAAUACAAAAAAAAGUAUCCACUUACUAAAAUAAAAAUUACCAAUUCAACUAUGCAUAGUCAAACUAUGUUAAUUAAAAAACCUUAAUUAUAAAAUAGUGGCACUUAAGCAUUUCUAGUAAAGAAAUCUGUUGACUUUGAUUCUAAUAAGAGUCCACUCUUAGAUGCUGCAUCCUCUUUGAAAAAACCUGUACUUAAAUCAAAAACACCAACAACUAAGAGUAUUUGUGAUAUUAAGAAGUAAUUUAAACUUCCUAGUAUUAAGAAAUGA